CGCAACAUCGCAUGUCCACGUACGUCUGUCACAUUAGCGAUAACGGCGAACGAAGAAAACGCUCCCGCAACCGAAAAAAUGGAAAAGGAUACAUCGCCGUUUGGCCACCUUAAUCAUCAGGAAGAGAUAAAAAUUAAAAUCAUAAGUAAAACAAAAAGAAAGGGUUUUUUAUGUAGAGAAUCAGAACAAGGAAGAACUGUGUUGUGGGGGAGCUAUGCAAGAUUCUUUUGGUGUCGUUGUCAGUUCUUGCUAAAGGUUUUUACUGAAAGGUUUGAAGACUUUUUUUUUUUUUCUUUUGGAAAAAAAAGCAUUUUUUUAAUUUAUAAUUAUCUGUUCUCUUAAAUGGAUAGCUCCAACUUUGUUUUUUUACCCAUUGACGAUGAAUCUGUGGUUGUUGAUUCCUUAAUUGAUUAAAAUACUCCGGAUAUUUGACCUUUCUUUCACAGUAUUACUGUAUACUACAACGUGUUUAACUCAUUCAAUGCUUGAAUCUGGGGGAAGGCUUCAAGCAUGAUCUGGGCUAGGGCACCUCUUUUAAAAUUUGCCAUAAAAAAAAAAUCCUUGUUGAUACAUUAAGGUAUUUGAUACCGUCCUAAUUAUUGGCUUCUUGCUAUGGCCUGCUGGGAUUUGAGAUCCUGUUUUUGGCUAAACAAUGUCAGAGCUGCUUUUUCUUCUCAGGGCCUUUUCAAUCGGGAGCAGGGCGUUUCUGCUCUCAGAAACUUUUGGGUUGCGCACCGAUACCAGCCAUUGAUACAACACCUGAAUCAACAGAGUACAAUGAGGCAAGGUCAACCUGGACAACAUACUGUGAGAACUCAUGGGGCUAUGCUGGCAAGAACGCAUAUUCAUGAUUGGCUGAUACUGAUGCUUCUUUUCGCCGCUGUAAUCAUACUAAAUCUCAUAUCCCCAUUUUAUCGGUUCAUUGGCAAAGAUAUGAUGGACGAUCUGAAGUAUCCAAUGAAACAGGACACUGUUCCUGCUUGGUCUGUGCCUAUAUAUUCAGCUGUUCUGCCAAUCGUCAUUUUUCUGUUCUUCUAUUUUCGGAGAAGAGAUGUCUAUGAUCUUCACCAUGCAAUUCUAGGAGUCUUAUUUUCUGUUUUGAUAACUGCUGUCAUUACUGAUGCCAUAAAAGACUCUGUUGGUCGGCCUCGGCCUGACUUCUUUUGGCGCUGUUUUCCUGAUGGAAAAGAUGUUUAUGAUCGGCUUGGGAAUGUAGUAUGCCACGGUCAGAAACAUUUGAUUGACAACGGGCAUAAAAGUUUUCCAAGUGGCCAUACUUCAUUUUCAUUUGCUGGCUUGGGGUUUCUAUCAUUGUACUUAUCUGGGAAAAUAAAAGCGUUUGACAGCAGAGGCCAUGUUGCAAAGCUAUGUCUUGUUUUUCUUCCUCUGCUUGUGGCAUCUCUUGUUGGCAUUUCUAGGGUGGACGAUUACAGACAUCACUGGGAGGAUGUGUUUGCUGGAGGUCUUAUAGGUUUGUUAUAUCAUUGGAUUGUUACCUUAUUUCCAAAGUUCUUGGAUGCUAUACAAAUUCUAAAGAAGUGAUCUUUCAGGUCUUGUUGUGGCCACAUUUUGCUACUUGCAGUUUUUCCCACCUCCAUAUCACGUUCACGGUUGGAGAACAUAUGCCUACAUUCGGGUCCUGGAGGAAUUACAGGCCAGUGAACUACCGACCGCCAAUGCUGUUAACGCAAACAAUGCUUCAACCUCAAAUGCCCGGGUUGAACAUCUUCAAAAUGAAAGAGCAAACAGUGCUGCCUCUGGACCAUCCUUAUCCAUUGACUCUAACACAGCAGUUGAAGAUUUAGAAACUGGCAGGACAUAGGUUUGGCAAUCUUUUGGUAGUUUUGCCUUGGAGUUUUUGCUAGGCGGAUUUGUAAAUAUACGUAGAAGCUUUAAAUUUAUAACAAGUUGAUAGCUCAUAUUUCAUAUUGAUCCAACAUUUAGGAUGGCUGAUUAGAACAUGCUGCAACAUUGCAACUGGAAGUCCAUCAGUUUUGAGUUAACAGAAAAGGUUACAUAUAAAGAGCAUUUUGCGUCUCGAUUAGGAAGAGAAGUAAAAAUACAGAGUCCAACUUGCCUGUUACCAAUCUCUUUUCUAAUGUUCCCUUGUUCCAUAAUAUUUUAUGCUUACUUUUCCAAACAAUAAGAUGAAGAUGAUAUAACUAAACUAGAAUUCUCAAAUCUUACGGGACUGCAUUUCUUUUUUAUGACCCUCCAAAUGGAAUAGUAUAUCUAAUGCACUCUCCUACAUGUAGCUCUAAGCUAACAUUCAAAUAUCUCAAUUGAAACUGGAAAGGUAUGGAACGGG